CAUCGCAUGGCCCGGUUCAUUCGGCUGACAGUGUGGCUGAGACCGGGUUCGCGGUACAAACAUGUUUCGGUACUACUUAAUUAAUGGUGUCAUGUGAACAAUACCGCAAUUAUAAAUUUUUGAGAAGUACACACUAUUUAAAACGUCCACUGCCAUGAGUGAAGUAUUACCUAAGAAGAAGGGGUCCGAACCCCUAACAGAAACACCCGAACCCUUCGACGAUAACCCUGAUGGAGAUUCUGGCCCUGGAUCCCCUACGGAGGAGAGCGCAAUCGCUGCGCUGUAUGGCCUCAAGCGAUCACCAUCAGGAACGUCUACAGCUUCUACUACCUCAGCAACGUCUAAAAAGAGCUUCAAUCCAAUGGCUACUCUGUUCAAGAACUUCCCUUUUCACUCAGACACCGGUUUCGGAACGAUGAACCCAAUGUAUGACGAAAGCGAUGGGGACCUGCCCGCCGAUCUACCAUCUCCCAUAAAGCCAACUGUAGCCACCAGCCAGUCUCUUCCUACGAUGCCCUUGAACACGCCUCCGUCCGGAGGCCCUACGAGUCAGCAGGCGUCGAAUGGUGAUGUUUGCUCUACAGUUCCUUCUUUGACCGGCAGCCAGAUUUCUCCCGGAACAAAGGACUUGAUAUCCGAGAUGCCUCCGUCCCCCAUAUCUCAGCCGCAGAGUCCCAGACGGAGCAAGUCCGAGAGCUACGAAGUGCCCAAGUCGAAGGAACCCAUAUCUCACGACUUUCCUACUCCUCCAAACACACCCUUUUCCCAUCCUCCUAGUCCAAGUGACAAAAAGCAACCAGCGAAGCAGACUCAUGCCGAACUGUGCGACGAACCCAACUAUCUGUACAAUCCAGCCAUGGCGCUGAGAGGACAGCUCUAUGACAUCUUGGGAUAUCCAGUGGAUGCUCCGAAUACGCCACGCCCUCGAAAGGGGAGUGUCCACCUCUCCCCCGACGGAACGCCUAAGGAGGCGAAACCGUUUCCUACUUAUCCGGCAAAUGAGAACAUCGAUUCAAUUAACGGAAACGGGAAAAAGAAUUCGGAGGAUGAUAACAACAACGAAGAGAACACCAAAAACCAGGGGGAGGACAAAGACAAGAAGACGCCACCGGAUGCGUCACCAAAGACUGAAAAGCUGGACAAGCUGGAGGACCCAGAGGACAAGGUGGUGGCUUGUUGGAACCAUCGGGAUCGACCAAAAGUAGACGAACAAUUGCAGAAGAAGGACGGGAACGUCAAUCUCCGGAACAAACAAGCCAUGGGCAACACCCAGCCCAGCGCGAGGAAGUCUGUCUUGAUCAUCGCGGACAGCCCAGAAGACAAGAAGCCCCCGAAGCAAGAGGACGGUGAGAACAAGAGACGCUCGCUCUACGAAGAUCUCGACGUCCCAAUGAUCGACGACGAACCGGAAUAUAGAAAAACAGACACACCAGAUGCAAGUCUCGGUAGCAACAGGUCAACACAGCCUUCAGAGGGAUUGGAUCUCGAUUUCCUCAGUCAAACUGCAGCUGCAGAACUGGCUGAGCAGCUAUGCGAAGUGACGAGCGAGGCGGGAAGGCUAAUCACAAAGGAACUCAAAGAGGGCCUUGACUACCUGACGACGACAAAUCCUUCGAAACUGUACGUUGAAAAAAAGUUAUUAUUACCGCUCGUCCUUACCAAUGCGUUUAGCUUGUACUGGUACUGGUUUGACGAAAGAGCCUGCCAUCCUGAAGAAGGCUGCUACAGGCACCCGCAAGUGCCCUGGUACGUCUGGGUCCUUCGACUGUUGGCACAUCUAACUCUCCAAGCAAGUGUCAUCAGGCAAAUAGACAUCAUAUACUACGGCACCAAAAGCGUAGACGAGACCCUGGAACACGAGGCUCUCGUUGAUGAAGUUAUGGAAGCGGCUCACAUAAUGCCAACUGAAGCUUGUCUGCAGAAGGAAUUGGAAGACGAGGAGAAAAAGGAGCAGAAGGAGAAGAUCCUUGGUUCUCGGAAGCUCAGCCUUAAGCUAGAAAAGAAGAGCGGGUCGGAUCCCAUAAGUAGGAGAGCCUCGACUUGCUCCCGGAAAACCGGCGGAGUGUGUGCGCGCGGAGGAUACGUGGCCCUCUGGAUCCAUUCGGAGAGGGAUGCUGCAAACGUUGAUCUUCUGCUCUCAUUGAUCCAGGAUGCUCCCCUUCUCAUCUUGCAUCUCUACAUCCUGACCAAGACCCUCCCCGACCAAGCCAAGGCAGGAGAGAUCAGCAGUACAAUUAUCAUGCAGAUUUUGGCAAUGUCAGCCUCACUGCUGACUCUGGCCUGGUCCGUGGCCUCGUUCGUGCGAGCCAUUCGUCUGACGGAGCCUGCCCUCAGCAAUCUCAGCUUGCUUAAUCUUUUGUUGCUGACUCUGGUCCAUUUCUGCUCUAUUUCAGGACAGGUGAUGGGGUUCGGCCUUUUCGCAUCACAGCUGCUCAUUGCGUUCUUUGUGAUCAUCAGCACACACUGGUUGGCCAUGAGCGCCUGGAUACUCAUUCAGCUCCUCUGCUUCCCACCAACCACGUGUACCCGAGCUGUUUUCGCCCACGACCAGACCAGAGGGCCCUGCAGCAGGGUCGACGACAUCGUCUACUGCUCCACGAUGGGUCUGAUUUACUUGUUCACCUUUGUAGACGUCAGCGGAAUGGCUCCCAGGACCCAGAAUAUCCUGUAUCAUAUAUUCAGACUCAUAGAAGAAGCUGUUUUACUCACUUUCUGGUUCAUAUGGGUAGACGGAUCAGCGUGGUACCACUGGCUGCCUCUGUUCUUGGUACCUGUUUUCUUCGGGUUGACUCUGCUGUUCAAUGGCCUGUAUGAAUGCAGCACCAAGAGCUACCGAAAUGUUCCGCCUCAGGCUAUCACACCGCAAUCUGUUUAAUUUUCACAGCAUUACUUCCCGCUCACAUUCCAUCUUUCCUCCAUUAGUUAGUUGUCAUGAAAAGCAAAUACUUAAUACAGAAAUAUCAUUGCAGUAACGUGAAUAGUUGCCAGAUUUCUCCGAACAGACUACUGCCACCCGUUAUUUCUACCUGUAUCUGGAAAUGCCUGACAACUUUUCAGUCUACUAGAAAUUAAAUCACUGAGAAAAAUAAUUGCCCAUAAACAGAAUGCUGUUGUAAAAAAGCUUAAAAACUGUCGCUGAGAGUAAGACGAACGUAAAAGCUACUGUAUGGCUAAUGUUUUAGAAAUAUUCGAGACGGAGUAAUCUUAUCUAUUGCGAACAUCUUAGGAACCGCUUCUUCUUAUUAAAGACGUGACUGGUUGCAGAAGGCGGUGUCACACGCUCCCUCUCCGCCAUCUGCCAGCGUCUUUCCACAAGGUUCUGCCGCACAUUAGCCCGAUAUUAAUGGCGAAACUUAAGUUGCUUCUGUUCGUGUCCUUGAAGCGCAGCCUUACGAACUCUCGCGACUUCAGAUUCGCACAAAUUUAGGCAGAAAUAUUUGCUACUUCGAGUAAAGGUUUGAAUCAAGGUGCUAAAAGAUGCCGCAAAGCUUGAUCAUGCGACACUUUCAUGAGAUCCUUGCGAUAUAUAUUAAUAAAAGUAGAAUUUGGAUUAAAAUGAAUUCUUGUUAGAAAAUUGUGAUUUUGAUGACAGAGGAUGGCUAUUUCACUGACUCUUUCACAUAUCAAAAUUUUAGGAUUUUCAUUUAUUUCUUGACGUCGAACAGUGUCCAUUUCUACUGCAAAAGUAUAGUAUUGCUGAUUAAGCAUUUUCCGCUCAAAGUUGCCAUUUACGCUCAAAAUGCAUUACGCAAAAUAUUGUCAGGUCAGGCUUUUGUGACUAAAAGUAUAUUCAAGAAGUUAGUCUAUAGCAAACAUGUUUAUAAAAUAGCAAAGCUAUUGUAUGGCCACUACUUCAUCUAGAAACGCACACAGUACUCAUAACCCUCACCUUUGCGACGCCAAUCGAAUAUCAGUCAUUCAUCCAUAGCAACAGAUUAUUUUGCUUUCAGUUUCAGAGAGCGAAGGAAAAUAUUUUUUGUAAAAUUAUUGCAAGUAAUGAUUUUUGGCAUAUAUAUAGUGUAUAUAUAUAUACACGUAUAUAUACGCAUGUAUGUAUGUUUGUACA